CCGGCCGCUUGCGCCACUCAACUGUAUACUAGUAGACUCGUUUCCGCCAAGAUGGCGGCGACCGCGUUCGCGUUGGUAUGGCGCUCCUGCUCGUUUCACGGUAGCCGCUUGAGUGAGGCAAGUUUCGCUUUAGGAAACUUCAGGACAUCUCGACCAAACAGCUGGCUUUACGUAUCUGCAUACAGCAGUAGGUUUACGGCAAUGCAAGUGAGACAAGCAACUAACCUUCGUGGCUCGAAGAACUCCGGCACGGAAUCAGGUGCGCUGUGUGUCAGCUGUUUUCAGUGACGUGUUUUGUCAGUUGUACAGAGCGUUCAGCCAUGUCAGCACCUCCAUGGAAGGAGGCAGCCAGCCUCAUUGUAGUAAGCCGUGCUCCAUUACGAGAUGUGGUGGGAAAAGACUUGGCAACAGCCAUGAUGGCCACCGUAUGGAACAACCAGACUGAGCGUGUGUCACGCUGCGACUACCGUGUGCUGAUGGUCAAGCGGUCAAGUCUGAGCUCAUUCAUGGCCAACGCUUACGUGUACCCAGGUGGCCUCUGUGAGCCAUGUGACUUCUCAUCUGAUUGGUGGGAGGUGUUUGCCGCAGUGGGUGCCACAAAAGAAGCUCUUCUCAGGGAUGUCUGCAACCGAGCUAAGGGUCCACGACCGCCAAUGAUUACCAAGCCCAUGACAUUAUCGCACAAUCAGCUCAGUUCUGAAGACCAUUUGCCAGGUGACUUGGCUUAUCGUAUCUCGGCCAUUCGGGAGACAUUCGAGGAAACAGGGGUCCUGCUGCUCACACAAGCUGCUCCUGUUCGUGGGGAGGCUGUUCUGGCCGAGUGUUUGAGCGAAGGCGUCGACACAACACUGUGGCGACAGCGGUUGCGAGAAGAUCCAGUGAACCUGUUGCGCAUGUGCCGUGAAAAUCGUCUCUGUCCUAAUGUCUGGGCCCUGCAUGAAUGGUGGGACUGGUUGACACCCAUCUCGGUGGGCCACCGACGUUAUGACACCAUGUUCUACAUCUGCUGCAUGGAUAAGCAGCCACAGGUGGUGCUCGACCAGAGUGAAGUGAUUACACUGAAGUGGUGCACUCCUGAGGGCAUGCUUCAAGACUACUCUACCGGGGCGGUGUUCCUGGCGCCGCCGCAAGUCUACGAAACCUCGCGGUUGCUGAACAUGACAAGUUUCGCGGAGCUAAGCCAGUUCGCCUGCCACAGGGCCACCGAAGGCUGCGAGCAGUGGAUGCCCGUCAUCGCCUCGGCCAGCGAUGGCGCUGUGUCCCUACUACCAGGUGAUGACCUCUACCCUGAAGAGCCAGACUACUUUGGCCGAGGCCCUGGUCCUGAAUACCCAUUCAGCCUCGAGGAGCUGCGCAAGCGCUGCCAGAACCUCCACCGUAUGGAGGUGCAGGGCCCCCUGUGCACAGCCUAUUCCAACAUUGAGCCUCCCAGAGGUCACCUACAGCCACAGACCUUCGAGGGCCCGGCAUCUAUGGUGCCAUCCAUGCUUUGACAGGCUGCUUGGCAAAGUGAGCUUGACUCACUGCUGCUGUGUACAUUGUUUUGCUCAAGCGGCUGGGCUGCACAGGGAACUCAGCAUUGCUGCCAAUUUUGCAAUGAUGCCUUGUCUUGUAGCGCAUAGUGCAUGAUGCCUGGCGUGGCUGUUCAGUUCAGGUCUCAAAUGACUGUUAGGUGUUUAGUGGCAAAGCUUUGUUACACUGAGCUUUAAUCACUUUUUAGAAAAGGCCCUCUUGCUUUCAUUUUGCAUAGGCACAUGGCAGGCCAAAAUAUCAGCCAACGAUCUUUUUCAACAGCAUAUGUAACUUGAUCAGCAGAAUCACUCUAGGUGUUUCUUGAGUACAAAAAUGCCUCAAUUUAGGAGAAUGGGUGCAAGUCAGAUAACUUGGGUGAGGAGUUACUGUCCUAACCUUGGCUCUUUGGCUUUGCUGUGAUUUCUUAGCUUGUCAGGUGGCUCAAAACUGGUGUCCUGUUUGUUAAGCCUUUUUUCCUGAAAAUAUUGAAUGCUUGCUGCGCAUCCCACAUUGCUAAUAGAUGGUUUGAUGAAACUGUGAGUGAAAAUGCUUUAUGUGAAGCAGUUUCACAUUUCAGUUAAAAGUGUAUCUUUGUGCAGUUUAGCAGUGCUUAGUGUUUAAAUGGUGCAAAGUAACUGUACCCUACAAUUCUUGGGUCUUACUUUGAUGUUUUCAUUUUUUUCAUGGAAUGUGCAUUUUUGUGGUGGUGAUAGAUUGAACUUUUAUUUUGCUGUGAAUUGCUUUUGUCCUAUCAUUUGAAAAAUAGUUUUAGUGCUGAUUCUUUAAGAGUAUAUUUUGGCCCACUGAUUUCCAUUCACUUUGCUCUCUUAGUUGUAGCUAUCAUGUGGCUGCUCAUUUGGUCUCAGAUUGUAAAUGUCUUGAAAUCAGACAUACACCACUGUGCACAGACAUAUCUACUUUAUUUCAGUGUGAGAAGUU